ACGUAGAAGAAAUAGAAGACCCAGUGGUUUUUAACCUUGAAAAAUCAAGAGAGAAAGAAGAUUUUGAUGAAUACAUACGAUUCACAAAAUACAGGGAACAAUACCAUCUUAAAAAUGAAUAUUUAUCAAGUGAAGAAUUACAAUCCUAUCAAGAACCUGAACAGUACGAAUUAUCAAGUGAAUCAA